CACUUGUCCCAUCCUGCCUGGGCUUUAGCUUGGCUCCACAGAUGCCUCAGUUGCUGCGAAACAUUCAUGGGCUCAUCGAGGCCUUCAGGCGCUAUGCUACGUCUGAGGGCGGCUGCACGGCACUCACCCGACGGGAGAUGAAGAGGCUCUUGGAGCAUGAGCUUGCUGAUGUCAUAGUGAAGCCCCAUGAUCCAGCUACUGUCGAUGAAGUUCUGCGUCUGCUGGAUGAAGAUAACACAGGGACUGUAGAAUUCAAGGAAUUCCUGGUCUUAGUGUUUAAAAUUGCUCAGGCCUGUUUUAAAACACUGAAUGAGAGUCCUAGUGGGCCUUGCAGAUCUCAGGAGUCUGAAAGCUGUCAUCCCAGAUCCUCAACAGAGCUGGAGCAAGGCCGGAGAAGUGGUACUGAAGUAGGAAGGGAUGGAAGAGGGCAGCAUCAUGAAGGGAGUGGCUGUGGACAGUCAGAUCAGGCUUCCAGAGGACAGGGCAGGGUGGGGACACAUACUCAGGGUCAGGAAAGCUACUCUAUACAGGUCAGCAACCGUGGCAGGCAGGCUGAGUCCCAGAGACAGGAGAUGGUGAGUCAGUGGACACGAGUGAUAAGGCCGGUAGAGCAGACCCCGCGAAUUGAAGACAAGAGUCAGACCAGAGAGAGGAGGUCAGAGAGGCAGUCAUGGACCAGCCAACAGACUGAUGAGACCAUGACUGGAACCACAACUCAGACCAAGACAGGUGCCUCCCAGACGGUGGAACAGAGCAGGAGCCAACAGACAGGAAACACCAGCAUCCAGACACAGGAGUCCAUCUAUGACCAGACAAGAGGGACUGAGCCCCAUGGCCAAGACAGGAGCCAGGCUGGCCAGGCAGCAACAGGACACUUCCAGAUACAGAUGGGACCACAUACUCAGACACACACCCAGAUAGUGGAACAGAGCUGGAACCAACAGACAGGAAAUACCAGCAUCCAGACACAGGGGUCCACCUGUGGCCAAAACAGAGGGACUGAAACCCAUGGCCAAGACUGGAGCCAGGCAGGCCAGGCAGCAACAGGACACUUCCAAACACAGGCAGGGCCAUAUAGUCAGACUGUGGAGCAGGACAGGAGCCGGUCUGCAAGUCAGAAAGGGGUUCAAGAGCAGGGACAGACUCAGAUGCAGUCAGGCAUGGGUCAAAGAUGGGCACAAGUGAGCAACUAUGAGGUAGGAGAGCCAGUGCUAGGAGGACAAGUCCAGACCAGGACAAGAACUGUGAUGGAAAGUCAGGGCAGAAGCAGCACUUGCUCAACGAUGACAGGACGGCAGGAAGAGAGAGUGCCUACAGUGGUUAGAGAUGAGUGGGUCGAUGACCAUACGAGGGAGCUAGUGAUCCGAAGUCAGGACCCAGGCAGCCUGCACUCUGGCUCUCCUUCAGCCCAGAUCCAGGGUACAGCGCAGAUGGAAGAGAAGAAGGGAAUCGUGGCCACGGGGCUGUAUUCUUACUUGAAGAGUGGAAAGCCAUAACUUUUCCUGAUUCCAAUGCUGAGUACCACAAAAC